CCGUACCCUCCUCUCCUCUCCAGAGCUUUUCUCGCGGAGCUCCGUUGCUGUGAACCCCGCAGUAAACAGCAGCGAUGUCCGGCCACUGAGUUAACCCCCCCCCGCUCUCUCAGCCUGUGUGUUGCCUGGCUUGCAUGGCUCCUGCUCGGCCGGCCGGACAAUAGACGCCCGCCUGCCCGCUGCAGCAGUAGCAGCUUUUCCUCCUCCACCCGGGGGGGAGCUUUCCGAGUGAUCCUGCCCAGGGUCUCUGCAGGACUCUCCGUCUCUCCAAAUGGCUGGACACGAGUGGGAAGACUGGUUCGAGCGGGAGGAAUUUAUCGGGCAGAUCAGCGACAUGCGAGUGCAGAACCUGCAAGUGUGACCCACCCAUUGAGGUUUUUGACCUUUUCCGUGACAUACAGGAUGGACACAUCCUCAUGGCCCUGCUGGAAGAGCUCUCUGGCUGCAAGCUGCUUCAUGGAUUCAAGAAGUCCUCCCAUCGUAUUUUUAGACUGAACAACAUUGCCAAGGUCCUAAAUUUCCUGGAGGAGAGAAACGUAAAGCUGGUCAGUAUAGAUGCAGCUGACGUUGCUGAUGGAAACCCCUCCAUCAUCCUGGGACUCAUCUGGAACAUCAUCCUUUUCUUUCAGAUUAAGGAGCUGACUGGGAACAUCAGGAGCCAGUUCCCCUCCUCCUCCAGCUUGUCGUCCAUCCCCACCAGCUCCGACUCUGACACGUCCUUCUGUAGCACGCCGUCAGAUGAGAGACAGUCAGCGUCCACGGCCAUGCGAGAACACGGCAAGGCCAUCAAAAAACUGCUGCAGUGGGUACAGAAGCGAACACGCAAGUUUGGUGUGGCAGUGCAGGACUUUGGGAAGAGUUGGACAAGUGGUCUGGCCUUCCUGGCUGUCAUUAAGUCCAUUGACUCCAGCCUGGUGGACAUGAGGAAGGCACUGCUGAGGACUGCCAGAGAAAAUCUGGAGGACGCCUUCAGGAUAGCCCACUACAGCCUGGGUAUCCCACGCCUACUGGAGCCAGAGGACGUGACUAUCAAUGCACCAGAUGAUCAAUCAAUCAUGACGUAUGUGUCACAGUUCCUGGAACACUUCCCUGGCAUAGAGGAGCCGGAGGAGCCCUGCCAGCUGAUUGAAAAAAGCAUCUCUAUGUGCCGACUAAACUUCCGUGACAAUGACUCCGACCACAUAAGGAAUGGCGCUCACAGAAGCAGAGUGAGGGAUAGGUCCAUCAAGUUCCAGAGGGAAUGUACCCAACCCCCACCCAAAAUCUUAAUUUCCUCUGUGUCAGAAGAUAGGAGCAUCAUGUCGCCCCGAAUCAGGCCAGCCGCAGCUCGCUCGUGGUCCAGUGAAGACUUCUUAGCAGAUUCCCCCCAUAUGGAAGACAUCUCCAGCAGUGUGGUUGAAGAUACCAAGGAACCUGCCAGUGAGAACUUAAUCAACUCAACUUCUGACUCACCACAAUUGUCUUACACUCACUCGCCCACUGGCUCAUCAGUACCUGAGUCUGUAAACACUGAGUCAGUUAUUGGAGACUCAGCAAUCAGCUCACCUGAUUCCUGGGUGGAGAGCGAGUUUGGCAUCAUGCCAGAGAAGGUUUGUGAGAGCCGAAGUGACAGCUCUUUGUGUGACAGUGGAACAGCCUGGGAUGUGUACCGUGCCACCCCCGUGGAGAUCACUACUCUUGAUGAAGGAUUUGUCCCAUCCAAAGAGGAUAGGGUCCCUGAUGAGAAGUCAAUUACAGAGUCGUAUAUUGAUGAAGGUAUUUACUCGCUGAGCUCACUGGAGAGCACCCAGGAGAGAAUCCAAGGGUAUUCUGUAAGGAAACAAGUUGAAGUCGUGAAAGAGAAAGAGACAAACCUUGACAACCACAACCAGGAUAUGGCAUUAGAACAGUUACCUGAUCAUAGCGAAGCUGAGAUUAUAAAAGAAGUAGACUCUAAACAGAUGGAUACAAGUGUACUCCAAAAAGAUGAAGUACCCAGAGAGCAAGAAUCUUCUUUUGGACUGUGUGUUUCAGAAGUAAUGGUCAACUCUGGUACAGAAGAUCUCAUUGAAACUGAUAAAACUAACCAGUCCCCAUUCAUCUCCAACACUGAACUACCACCCCCUGACCUAUUUGAAGAAUUCAUAAAGCAAACCAGCAUUGAAGAGAGCUCUAACCGAGAAGCAGAAUGUUUAAAGGAAGAUGUGGACUUUAUUGGGGAUGCACAGGACCACGAAGGACAAAUUAAUGGUCGAACUGAAAGUCAGAAUCAUAACUCUGAGGAGGUUGAAGUGGAAACUGAAUGUCAGAAACCAGAUUCUCCUUCAGAGGAGACAAAAGGGGAGUCAGGAGAGGAGUCUGGAAUUUUAAAGGAGAGGGAUGAAAAUGUUGAUGAUGUUGUAGAAACAGAAGACAAAGCAAGUGAUGGAGUUCCAAGCUUUAGCUCAGAGACUUGUGAUGCUUUAGCAAAUACACAUCCAACCAAUCAAGACGAAACCUCAAAAACAAGUCUGGACCUAAGUACGGGGAUAAACAUUCCUCUGAUCUCUAUUUCCAGUGAGCCAGAAGAGCAAGAAGAAGAGGGAACAUGUAACCUCAAAAGACAAGAUCAUGCUGAGGAUGAUGUGGUACAUCACGCAGAGGCAACUGGAACUAAGGAAACUGACACAGAUGUAAACAGCCCUCAAGAUCCAGAUAUAUUGAGCGGUGACUCCAGUGACAAAAAUGACAAAAACCCUGUUGAGAUCCCUUCCCGCAUGGUAUCAGAACUAGUUAAACCAACAACGUCAGCAGAAAUAAGAGACAUAGAAAGCGGGCAUUUGAAUGAUACAGAUGAACAUGACAUCAGUAGAUCAACAGCAGACAUAUGUGGGACAGAUACAAGAGAAAACAUGGAAAGAAGGGAAGUCGAACAGGAAUGUGAGUCUCUUCACCAUGAUACUGAGAAGGACUUGGUAGCUCAGACCUCUUCUACAGAUGCUAAAUCAAUAGAACCUGUGACUACUGAGCUGGAAAUGGAUUUAACUGAUCAACUAGAUGGAUCCCAAGACAAACUGGUUGAAACCUUUUCUGACAAUGAGACAGCUACCACACUGGAUCCAGUCGACUCAAAACAAAAAGGUGCGACAGGGACUUCAUGUUGUGAAGUUGGUAGUGUGUCCAGAGACACUGACUUGUUUUAUAUAGACUUUGAUCGAAGUUCUCCCACAGAUGAUUUAGUUGGUGACCCUAUCGAACCCAUGGAUCUGUUCUAUCCUGACAAAGAGGAGCCCAUGUUUACAGAGCCGCCUGAUACUGAAAUGCAGAGCUGGCCGUCUGUUCUAAGUGUAUCCGCUCUCCAGCCGGCGCCAGCUUCAGAGACUCUGCCAGACGACCAUCCACUUGACCUGUUGGGUGAAGACUUCGGAUUUGGAGUAAAUUCAAUACAAGAGGAUGACGAGGUGAUCUCUAAAACCAACCUGGAGACUGACAAAGCAUCUGAAUCCCAGGAACACUGUUUGUUGCUGGGGGAGAAGAUAGAAGGACUCUGGGGUGAUAUUCCAGCAGACGGCAAUGAUCUCAGUGAGGCCAAGCAACGGAGCUCAGGCUCUGCCAGGGAAAACACAGAGCCUGUGAGGAGUGACACUAAAAGUUACAGUGGAUGCGAUGAAAGCCAGAACCCUCCAGUUCUCCGUCACAGAAAGGGGCUUCGCUUCACUGAGUCCAAGGACAAUCGGACAGCCCAGACUGCAGCGGCCAGAAAAGAUGACAACGGGGACUCUGAUUUUUGGCGUGGUGAGAACUGGGAGCUGUAUCUGCUACUGCUGCUGUGGCUGCUGCUCUACUGUUUCUGGCUGCUGCCACAGAUGGACCUGAAGACACUGCCCAGCCUGCUGCUGAACCUCAACCACUGAAGGACACACACACGCACAGAGUUACAGGACAAAAGAGAAUUUUAACAAAUAUAUAAACUUUAAUGCACCAUCACUAAAAAAACACACACAUACAGCUCAACUGCCACUCCUCGUUCCUUUCCAUUCCACUGACUGUACUCCAGAUUAGAUUAGACUUUUAGGUUUUUGCUUUUUAGCUUUUGAUGUGGUUUGAAGUAUUCUGUAUGACAAUGUGUUAGGGCCACUGCUGGGGAAAACUAGGUCUGAGAUUUAAAAAGUCAUGAUGUUGUUAAAAUCAAGUCAAAAUAAUUUUAUGGGAAUAAAAUUGUAAUUUUGCAAGGAAUAAGUCAUAGCAGUAUAAAAUGUACAUUUUAAUAUUUUGAGAAAAAUAAUGUUAGGAAAAUAAUGUAAUAAUUUUACAAGAGAAAAGUAAUGUAACAAAAUAAAGUUGUGCUUUUACAGGAAUAGGUCAUUAUAUGUCAAGAAUAAAGUUUUUGAUAAAAAAGUAAUAUUUUAAGACUAAAGACUAAACUCAUAAUAUUUCAAAUUAGGUCUUACUUUAUUAGGAAAGGUUAUAUUAUUUAGAGAAAAGAAAGUCAUGUUACAAUAUUUCUUAUAAUAGUAUGACUUUUUCUCAAAAUUAUUCAUACCUUCAUGAUGCAAAAAAGGACAUAUUCUCAUAACAUUGACUUUUUGUUUUAAAAUAAUAAUUCCUAAUUAUAUUUUGAGUCGUAGAAAAUAAUUUGUAAUUUUGAGAAAAUGUCAUAAUAUUUCUCAUUAUUUCACAAUAAGAAAUAUUAUGAAAUAAUAUAAGUCAGAUUUUAAUUACAAUGCAAUCUCUUAAUAUUAAGCCUUUUUCUUGUAAGGUUUGCCACUUUAUUCUCCAAAUGUUGACUAUUUAAUUAUGACGUAUGUGUGUAACAUAGAAGAAAAAGAAGAAAAAGAAGAAAAAUUACAACUUCGGUCUCAUAACAUUGCCAUUUCUCUCAAAAUAUUCCAAAUUUAUUCUUUAAACCUCUGUGCAGUGGCCCUGACGCCCCGCUGCAGAUGUGCUUCUGUUUUAAAGACACUAUACAAGUUUGUGGUUUAUUGCUGUGCAAAGCCGACAGAGCUGACCCUGUAAGACUACAUGACUGUACAGCACGCUCUGCUUUGUAGAUAGAGAUAUAUACUAAAGAUGUAUGGAUGCACAGUUCUAAAAAGCCAUUUAACCCUGGAAGAUGUUAAAGGUGAAACUGCUUAAGAUAGUAAAAACUGGAGAUAGUGGAGCUUAAAAGGAAACGAAAACAAGAAUAUAUAUGAUGAAGCCAGGCUUUCUGAGCGUACGUACUGUUGUAAAGAGAACUAAUCAGUCUGAAUGAAAGGGUAUUUUGGAUUUGUUGCACUUUUGAGAAAAGAAUAGAAAAAGAAUACAAACUGCCAAAGAUUGCAUGGAAAGUGCUGAUACAGAAAGUACACAACUCACCCAAUAAUGGAAAUCCUGUUUUUAACAUUUAGAAAGUCUCUUGUACGAAAGCACCCAGCUCUAUAUUGUAUAAUAGUUCAAGCAGAAUGUGUAUUUGUAAUAUUUUAUGGCUCAUAAGAUGUGUGAAUGGAUUUUUAAAAAGUUUUAUGACGAAGAAAUGUUUUAUGUGACUGAGCUAUGCUUGAGCCUGUCCAAACCUGUCAACGGAAAGAGAAUGCUUUACAAUGAAAGAUCUUUCUGUGUUAUUUUUUUAACCAUGUCUGUAGUGAAGCAAGUCCUUAGUUUGAUCAUUCCUCACACCAGCCGACCUAAAUAUGAACACCGCUCCUCCAUCCACUGACUGAGGGGCAGCAAAAAAGCCAUUCAUUCCAGUCCAUUUCCAACUGGGUCAACCCUGCAGUGUAGUGCAUCAUAACCACAUCUCAAGUGUGUGUGUGGACAUGUUUUUGUACUUUUAUCCUUGUGAGAACUAGAGCUGUGUCCCAAUUCCAUACUAUUUACUAACUGCAUCAUGCUUAUUGUCAUGGUAUAGUGUUUUACCAGUUACUACAAGAAGAAUAUGUAUGCUUAAUAAACAUUAUACUUUAAUAAGAUUUAAUACUUGCUUUUUAAGAUGGAAACUUAGUGAAAGUUAGGCUGAAGAGGAAAACCCGCCUCAAGGUUCUGUUUCUAGCUAUUUCCUGAGCAUUUCCAUUGCAUAAUUCCAGUUAAUUAUUACCACAAGCCAACUGUUGUACAUUCAAAAAAGGGCUUUCAGGGCAGCCGCCAUCUUCCUACAACUUUAAUAGAGUUCCUUGAGUUAAAGAGAACCAUAAAAAUACGAAUCAUGCUUUAGUUGCCUCAAGCAGAUAUAGUCAUUGGUGGAAGUUCUCAGGUAAAGGUCGAGUAAAAGUCCUGCAUUCCGGUUAUCCUGGCUCCGGUUAUAUUUUAUAUGACAUUAUGGUGACUGUUGCAUUAAUGCAGCAUUCGGUUCUAGACAGAAAUUUGUAUAUUUUUAUAUUUAUCUUUAUUAGGUCAUUUUUACUUUGUGGACCUCAAAAAGUUAUUUAAAUGAAUCGCUGUGAGACAUUGCAGAGGAAAUGUCUCUUUGGACAUACUAACAACUGAUCUGAAACAUGACAGCAUCAACUGCAGUACUUGCUGUCAUUUUUAUCACAUUUUUUGUUUAUUAUAUGCUGCUUUUUUAAACUAGAAACCACAGCAAUGUUGUGGAGUAGAAGUAUACAUUUUCAAAAAAUAGAGGAAAUGGGAAGUAAAGUACCUUAAAUUUGUACAUAUGCACAGUACUUUUGUAAAUGUACUUUCCACCACUGCAUAUAGAGUAGUAAAACAAAUUAAAUAUACUGAUAGACAUGGUUUUGCUUAUAUUUUCAUUAUAAACAUUUUGCAACAUUUCAGAUCUGUUCAUGGAAAUAGUUCUCCAUCAUGGUAAUUAAAAAAAAAAAAAAAAAGUUAUUUGACUCGCGUCACAUUUCAAAAUGUAUUUGUGUUCACAAAUGAGUAUAAUAAUUUCUAAGAAGCAGACUUGCAAAAAUCAAGUGGAUUUUGUUUGCAUGUUGACUUUUUUGAAUAUACUCAGAACUGUCCUAGAAUUGCUGUUUAGUAUGGAAAUGGGACAGAGCUCAGCUUUACAGUCCUCACUGCAGCUUCACUUUAUGGACUUGUUUAGUUUUAGGAUUUGCAUUUAGGGUUGUCAGAAAAUCCAUGAGAUUAUUAUAGCAUUAUUUUCUGAUUUGUCAUAAAGCAAAGUCAUGACCAUUAACCACUCCCUCCAAGAUUGUGCAGGCUUUUUUAGGGAUUAUUGCAGCCUAAAAUCUCAAUUUCACGCUAGCUUUUCUAAAAAAUUGUGAUGCAUGUUGUUAUCCUUUUAGGCCAGUGUCUCUCAAAUGGGUUUACGUGCACCCCUAGGGGUAUUUUGGAGUACUAAAGGGGGUAUCUGAAGUUUUUUUUUCUAAAUGUUUAUUUAAAAAAUAUCUUUCAUUCAUGAUU